GCCCUAACUUAUUAGUAGCCCCCAGUACUCCCCCACUUCCAACUCUAGCUAGGGUUUGGCAGCCAGCCAUGAAAGUUAUGAAACCCAGAUAACUGGGGACACACUCAUACACACACAACCCCCUCAUCAUUUGAAAGCAAAGAAGCCAACAAACCCUUCUUUAUAACCAACCCUCUUCUUCACCUUAAAACUCCAUUCUCUCCUUCCAACUGUCCUCCUCAAACCAUAACCCUAACCCUAACCCUAAGUUCCUCUCUCAAAGAGAAAGAGAACAGAAUGAUGGUGCAAAAGGAAGACCUAGGAUUAAGUCUCAGUCUCAACUGUUCAUCUUCAACUUCAUCUUCUUCUUCUUCUUCUUCUUUUGUUGCUACUGCUUCUCCAAACAUUAACCAUGACAGGUAUCCUUUGCAGUUAAGCUUAAUGCCCAUGCCCAUUUGUCCCAUACCUAUCCCUAUGUCUCAUUCUCCUUUCUUCAUUGACAACAAGCUUCAACAUCAUCAUCAUCAUCAUCAUCCUCAAUAUCACUGGCCGGAACUUGUCUCCCCUUCCGAGAGAUUGAGAGAGAUUGAUGUGAAUCGAGCACCGGCCGGAGAAAGAGAAAGGGAAAGGGAAAGGGAGAGUGAAGAAGAAGCCGGAGUCUCUUCACCAAACAACAGCACACUCUCUAGUGUCAGUGGAAAACAACUCGAUCUAGUCCCACAUGGUUCCGGAGGCUCCGAAGAGCUUGACAUUGAGCGUGCUUGCUCUCGUGCCAGCGACGAAGAAGACGGCGAAGGCUCUCGCAAGAAACUCCGUCUUUCCAAAGACCAAUCAGUCAUUCUUGAAGAAAGUUUCAAAGAACACAAUACUCUCAAUCCAAAACAAAAGGUGGCGCUGGCGAAACAGUUAAACCUCAGGCCGAGGCAAGUGGAGGUGUGGUUUCAGAACCGGAGAGCGAGAACUAAGCUGAAACAGACUGAGGUGGACUGUGAGUUUCUGAAACGGUGUUGUGAGAACUUGACAGAAGAGAACCGGAGGUUGCAGAAGGAGGUGGCUGAACUCAGGGCUUUGAAGCUCUCUCCUCAUUUUUAUAUGCAUAUGACUCCUCCUACCACCCUCACUAUGUGUCCUUCUUGUGAACGAGUUCAAGUCCCUCAUCCAACUUCCACAACCACCACAACCACCACCAACACCACCAUUAACAACACUAAUCAGUCUCUAUCUUCAUCACCAUGGGCUCCUAUCCCACUCCGGCCUUCAUUCUCUCAUGCAGGCAUGAAGUAAAAUGGACAAGUUGUUGUUGUUGUUAUUGUUAUUGUUAUUGUUGUUGUUUUUAUAUAUAUAUAUAUAUAUAAAUUAAUUAAACUUAAUUUGGUUUUUAUGAUCAGAGAG